AUGGCAGCUGCGUUGGUUUUAUUGGAAGAGGUUGAGGCCAGACGGGUUUUACGGCGGCAGCGUGUGUUUAGAGACAGAUUACAACCACUCGACGUCUACGAUGACGUAGAUUUAUAUCAGCGGUACCGGAUGACUCGACCAGUCCUCCUUGAAAUCAUCGACCUGUUAGCAGGUGAGAUUUCCCCAGCCACCAGGCGAUCACGUGCAGUACCAGCAACUCUCCAGGUCUGUGUUGCACUCAGAUUUUUUGCUACCGGCAGUUUUCAACUUGCUAAUGGGAACAUGGCUAGUGGCUUGAGUCAACCUACCAUAUCAAGGAUUGUGACCAGAGUUUCCUCUGCUUUAGAAGCCAAAGCACAGCAGUUUAUAGUGUUUCCUCGAACGGCUGCCGAGCAAGAGCGUGAGAAAGAGGGUUUCUACUCUGAACGCCAUCGGAUUCCGAAUGUCGUCGGCUGUAUAGAUGAUUCACUUAUUCCAAUUAAGUGUCCCUCCGUAAACGAGGCGUCUUAUGUCUGCAGGAAACAGCAGCAUGCCAUAAAUGUGCAAGGAGUCUGUUCGCAUGACUUGAAAUUCACUAAUAUCGUUGCCUGUUGGCCAGGUGCCACACACGAUGCGUUUAUCUGGUGUAACUGCAGCUUAAAGGCGAAGAUGGAACGUGGACUACUGGAUGAUGGUGGAUACCUGCUAGGUGACAGUGCCUAUCCUCUCAGACCCUACCUAAUGACCCCUGUAUCCCACCCAGAAGAUGCUGCAGAUAGACAAUAUAACGUUCACCACCGGAGAGUUCGAAGCAUCAUUGAACGAACAUUUGGAAGAUGGAAAAACAGAUGGAGGUGCUUACACGUAGAAGUGGAACCCUCCGAUUUCGACCCGAAAAGUGUUGCUCAAUUAUCAUUGCGACUGCCGUGUUACAUAACAUAUGUGAAAACCAUGGACUUCCCGUUCCUCGUAAUCCACCCGCCAACGUGA